AUGGCUCCCAGUAAUACUCUCAUGAUCCACAUGGAGGAGAAACUGCUGCCAAAAGAAAAAAAUAAACUGAGGAAGCCGGUGGUGGAGAAAAUGCGCCGCGACCGGAUUAACAGCAGCAUCGAGCAGCUGAAAUUGCUGCUGGAGAAGGAGUUUCAGAGACACCAGCCCAACUCCAAGCUGGAGAAAGCUGACAUCCUGGAAGUGGCUGUCAGCUACCUGAAGCAGCAGAGUCAGCUGCAGAGCCAGCUGCAGGACCAAACAUUCAUUCACAAAAGUCUAGAGCAGGACUUCAACAGUGGAUACCUGCGGUGCCUCAAGGAAGCCCUUCAUUUUCUGUCCUACUAUGAACCCAAGAAGGAAACACAAGUGCAGCUGAUCAAGCAUUUCUGCAAAUCUCAGAUAGGUGCAGAUGUCAUGUACUCCCCUACUCUGCGCAGUCCACCCCUGCCACCCUGUCUGUUUGCCAGAAAGCAACCAGCCCAGAAGACUGUGGGUUCUGCUCCUACCAUCUGGAGACCUUGGUAG